AUGUCUGGCCGCGGCAAAGGAGGAAAAGUCAAGGGAAAGGCAAAGUCCCGAUCAUCUCGUGCCGGACUUCAGUUCCCAGUUGGUCGUAUCCAUCGUCUGCUCCGCAAGGGCAACUACGCAGAACGUGUCGGAGCUGGAGCUCCCGUCUAUCUGGCCGCUGUCAUGGAAUAUCUGGCAGCUGAAGUGCUGGAAUUGGCAGGAAACGCCGCUCGUGACAACAAGAAGACCCGUAUCAUCCCGCGUCAUCUUCAGCUGGCCAUCCGCAAUGACGAGGAGUUGAACAAACUGCUCUCGGGCGUCACCAUCGCUCAGGGAGGUGUUUUGCCCAACAUCCAAGCCGUCCUGCUGCCCAAGAAGACCGAAAAGAAGGCUUAA